AUGCACGAUCGUGGAAUUAAGGACAAGAUAAUGAAUGGAUCACGUUACCGUAGCAACGGAAGUGACAGCAAGGACACCAUUUUCAAAGUGGUUUUGCUGGGAUGCCCAGGUGUGGGAAAAACAGCUCUAACAGUACGCUUCCUGACCAAGCGGUUCAUUGGAGAGUAUUGCCCUACUUUAGAAAGUAUUUAUAAAUAUCGGACAAAUUUCGAUGACGACGAAGUCAAGAUGGAGAUUCUCGAUACUGCUGGUCAGAUGGAAGAAGGAUGGAAGGACGGGUACGCAUUAUGGGGUGACUGUUUUGUUUUCGUGUAUUCCAUAACGGACAAAGACAGUUUUGAUGAGAUCAUCAACAUAAAACGCCAGGUUGAGAACGUGCGCCAUUCCACCGCCAUCAGCGGUAUCUUGGUGGGGAACAAAUCGGACUUACUUCACGAUCGUCAAGUUCCGGUAAAUCACGGAAUGGAGUUGGCGGACGAAAUUGGUUGUAAAUUUUACGAGGUAUCAGCCGCUGAUUGGACACAGGUUUCCGUAAUAACGGAAAUGUUCCAGGACUUAUUUCGGGAGUGCAGACGAGCUAAAUCUGCUCGUGAGGGACGACAGCGGAAAGCGAGUUCAUCUCUUCGAUUCAAACAAGCCAUACAGAAAGUUAUUUCCGGGAAAGCCCCUGCUCGACGAACACUCAGUGCAUGA